GAUGUCCACGCAAAAUGAUUUGUAUGUUUAAUAACUAAUCUAUUGUACUUUGACCGGUUAUGGUUGUUUACCUACAUCUCUACACUGCAGAAUCGACAAAGAAUUCAUUUUAUAGUAGAAGUGGUAUAGAUCGUCUGGCAUUUUGAAAAAGAAAAUUAAUAUCUAGGUAAUACUUAAAGUAGAAAUAAUUAAUACAUUAUAAGAACAAAAAUGAAAAGUAGGAGAAAACAGUGCCGAUAUACGCCUCAAGGAAAACCCUACAAAGAACUAGAGUAUAUGGUCAAUUCAGACGGAAAAUAUGUGUACUGCAAGUACUGGAAGCCACCAAUAGGCAUGGAUCUAAGAGCUGGAUUACUAUUUUUACACGGAAUUGCUGAGCACUGUGAAAGAUAUAACGUAUUUGCAUCAAAACUUUCCAAAUCUGGCAUCUUUGUAUUUUCACAUGACCAUGUUGGACACGGCCAAAGUGAGGGCAAGCGGACGGAUAUCAAGGAAUUUAAUGUUUAUGUUCGUGAUGCACUACAGCACGCAGACUUGACGCGUGCUAAAUUUAAAGGUCAAAACGUUCCCAUUUUUAUUGGAGGGCAAGCAUUGGGUGCCCUGAUUGCCAUGUUGUGUAUGAAUGCCAGUCCAGUUGCUUUCCAAGGUGCCAUUCUGUUUUCUCCAAUGCUCCUCUCAAGUUCCCUUUACCCUUCAAAAAUUCAGGAAUACAUCUCAAAUAUUAUGACGUUUAUUUAUCCACAAUACGAAACAUUCAAGAUUGAAGGCCGAUUUAUUAGUAGGGAUGAAACUAACGCGGAGGAAUAUGACCGGGACCAAUUAGUAUGGCACGACGGCUUAAAAGCUAGAGCUGUCACUUAUAUAUUGAAAACACAAAAACGAAUAGAAGAUGAAAUCAGAAAUGUCACAUGGCCAUUCAUUACUUUCCACGGUAGCGCUGACGUAUACAGUAAUGUAGAAGGAUCACAAAGGUUAUAUAAAGUUUCACAGAGUGAAGAUAAGACAAUACGGAUCCUCCCCGAUGUGUAUCAUUCCAUCCUUCAUGAUUCACAAUAUGCAGACAAUGUAGCUGAAGAAGUGUUGACAUGGAUAAAGAGCCGCACACAAAUGUUUGAUAAAGGCAAAUAUUGCAUUUGUAAGACUAAACCACCUACAUGAAACAUACACAGGAUUUUAUCAAGAGAACAACCCACAAUGGAAGCUAAAGUAGCGCCCACAACAUUAAAGUCUAGGAAUGCUAAAUUUUAAAGGAUCAAUGCAACCAGCAAAGGUUUCAAUUAGAGCUGAAUUCACACCAGGCCGAAUACAAAUUACCGGAUCGGAAGGACACUGAACAGAUCAGAAAAUGGAAUCCUAAAUGUGUAAUAAUAGGGUCGCUGGCAUUCAACGCAUCUGAUGUGAAUGCUAUGUAUGGCCAGAUUAAAGAAGGGGCAAUGUGAACUAUGCAAUAUAAAUGUAUCCCACUCCGUCCAAUAACUUACGAAAAAAAAUUAAGUUUCUUAAACAAAAAAAAUUUAUUAUAAAUAUUAGAAAACCGAAGAAAUUUCAAUAAACAAGAGACAACACGUUACUAUUAGAAAAACGUUGAGAGCUUAUAAACAUAAAAGAAAAUUAAUAUUUGAAUUCCUCUGUAUUAUAUGUAAGCUUUAGCCUUUCAAUUAAAUAUUUGCGUAUAGCCAAGUUCAUAAAAGAUACAUGACAUCAUGUUUAGUGGCAAUGGUUUCUUACCUUCUUUUGCUAUUUCUUGACACACCUAACUAUACUGUUAUUUGGGUUGUAUCUUUGUAUGUUGUAAAUGAAAAAAA